CCUCGCGAGACGUGGGCUAUGGAGCGAGCGAGAGAGAGAGAGAGAGAGAGGUAGAGGUAGAGGUAAGCGGUGUCUCCUUCACACUACUGGCACCCCCGACCGAACACCCCCGGUGAACACCCACAGUCUCCAGAAGCGUCCGUGAGCCAUGGGAAACAUUUUUGGGAAUUUGCUGAAGAGCCUGAUAGGAAAAAAGGAGAUGAGGAUCCUCAUGGUGGGGCUGGAUGCGGCAGGGAAAACCACGAUCCUCUACAAGCUGAAACUCGGGGAAAUAGUCACCACAAUCCCAACCAUCGGCUUCAAUGUGGAGACCGUGGAGUACAAGAACAUCAGCUUCACCGUGUGGGACGUGGGCGGGCAGGACAAGAUCCGUCCCCUCUGGAGACAUUACUUUCAAAACACGCAGGGUUUAAUCUUUGUGGUGGACAGCAACGACAGAGAGCGCGUCAACGAGGCGAGAGAGGAGCUGAUGAGGAUGCUGGCUGAGGACGAACUGAGAGAUGCGGUGCUUCUCGUCUUUGCUAACAAACAGGACCUCCCCAACGCCAUGAACGCCGCUGAGAUCACAGACAAGCUGGGCCUCCACUCCCUGCGCCACCGCAACUGGUACAUCCAGGCCACCUGCGCUACCAGCGGCGACGGCCUCUAUGAAGGCCUGGACUGGCUGGCCAAUCAGCUCAAGAACAAGAAGUAGGGGGGCCGGGAAUCCCGCAGCCACGACCGUUUCACGUUUGGGGGGACUGAGGGAGAUUUUUCAGCUUUUAGUUCCAGUCUGAAGCUUCCUAAUUGUCUGAGCCCGGUUUUAAACACACACACACACACACACACACACACACUCUGGCACGCGCUUCUACUUGUGUCCACCUCUGGUCUUUAGGCGCGGCGUACGGCAUGUCUGUCAGAUCAUGUGACUACGUUGUUCAUCUUCUGGCUUUUUCCCCUCAGCCAGGCAGCCAAGUCAUCUUCGUAUUCCUCCACUUUGUGUCACGUGUCCGACGAGUCGCAGCCUCUUGAACUGUGUGUUUAUUGAAUGUGAGUAUUGUCCGUGGCUGUAAGUAUUCAAUAUUUAUUUGUCCUUUUAUGGAAGAAGAAAGCAGGGUGUGGGGCAAAUAUCAAUCUGUGGCGGGCGGGCGGGCACAAGGUCCAAGGACCGAUACCAGCAGGCUUCUCUGUCAGUCAAUCCAUACGUUUGUGCCGCACAUGGCGACUAUUUAUGCUCUUAAGUGUUCGAUUCCACACCAUGUUACAUCAUCACUUUGGGUUUCGUGGCCUUAUACAGUAUUUAGUGAUGGAAAAUAAAAAACACUGAAAAUA